AGAAAAAUUAAUAGCCAACACUGCCUUUUAAGAGCAUUGUAGAAGCUCUAGACAAGACGCUUCUCAGUUCUCAAUUCUUCGAAUCGCUACUUUGAAUCUUCUUCUUCUUCUUCAUCGAUGGAUUCUUCCACAGCGUUGGAGCUUGUCAAGCAUGGUGUCUCUCUUCUCUUCCUCGAUGUUCCUCAGUACACCCUCAUUGCCAUCGAUACUCAGAUGUUUUCUGUGGGGCCUGCUUUUAAGGGUAUUAAGAUGAUUCCUCCAGGCACUCAUUUUGUGUACUAUAGUUCAUCAACCAGAGAUGGAAAGGAGUUCUCGCCAAUUAUCGGAUUCUUCAUUGAUGCUGGUCCUUCAGAGGUAAUUGUUCGUAAAUGGGAUCAACAGGAGGAAAGGCUGGUCAAAGUAUCUGAGGAUGAUGAAGAAAGAUAUACUCAAGCUGUUAGAAAUUUAGAAUUCGACAAACAACUUGGGCCUUACAAUCUUAGCCAUUAUGAAGAUUGGAAGCGAUUAUCGAAUUUUAUUACUAAGAGUAUCAUUGAACGACUUGAGCCCAUUGGAGGUGAAAUUACUGUUGAAUGUGAAAAUGAGAUGGUUAAAAGCACUCCUAAAGUACCAAUGGAGAAAGCACUAGACGAACAGCUGAAGGCUAGUACUUCUGCAACUUCUGUUGGUAGGUCUCAGAGGAAAGGCUGUUAUUAUACCACCAUUCCACGUGUUGUAAAAUGCAAGGGGAUUAGUGGACAGGAACUUACUUCUUUGAAUCUUGACAAGACACAAUUGUUAGAAACUCUACUGGCAAAAGAUUAUGGAGGCUCAGAAGACUUGCUUCUUGGAGAACUGCAAUUUGCAUUUAUUGCGUUUUUGAUGGGUCAAUCGCUAGAAGCAUUUCUCCAGUGGAAGUCCUUAGUUAGCCUUUUGCUUGGCUGCACUGAAGCUCCUUUCCGUACACGAACUCAGCUAUUCACGAAGUUCAUUAGAGUCAUUUUUUACCAACUAAAAUACGGACUACAGAAAGAUCGUGUGGAUGAAACAGGGCCAGCAUUGUUGGAUGAUUCCUGGCUUUCUUCUGAUAGCUUUUUGCACCAUCUUUGCAAGGAUUUCUUUUCCGUGCUGCUUGAUGGUUCAGUCGUUGAUGGAGAUCUUUUAAAAUGGACAAGGAAAUUUAAGGAGCUAUUGGAGAGCAACCUAGGGUGGAAGUUUCAGCAGAAUAGUGCUGUGGAUGGUAUUUAUUUUGAAGACAAUGAUGAGUUUGCUCCAGUAGUUGAGAUGUUGGAUGAUGAAGAAGCGUUAGCUGUUUAGUAGUGGAUUGUAUCAUCUUUUGGCCAUAACAGGUGUUUCCAGGGAAUCAAGUUAUGAGUAUUAAGUUGUCAUAUAUUCCUAAUUUGAUAAUGUAAUCCAAAUUACGUAGAUAUAGUAUCUUAAUUUGAAUAGAGAUAUAGUUUGUUAUAUCCGUAUUCUUCCUUAUAUCAUGCCAUUUUGAUUGUUAUUUGGCCAAUUUUGCAUGUUCUUUGGCCAACUUCACUCACAUUGUACAGUGGAACAUGUUGAACCUACAUUAGCAAACUCUGGAAAGUGAGUAUUCUGUGUUAGCCUACACCAGAAUGGAAGAAUAUUUUACAAUA